AAGGUGAAAACUAAAUUGUCCGACUUUACUUGAACGCAAACAUCAGGGGGCGGCUUUGUUACUGUUACUGUUCAUUAAAGUUUUUUGGCAAAUAAUUCCUAAUGAUUUUGUUAUUGAAAUGUGUUUGCAUUUUUUUUUCCAAGUUUCUCUCUAAAGUAUAAAACUUUACCUGAAACCGUUGUUAGUUAUGCUGUUAGCCGCCAUGCUAACACGAACGUGGUGUGUUUGAGGUCCCGUCUGAAAUCUGGGCUCUCAGCAGGUGUUUUACUCUCGCGGAUGAGAAACCCCCUACCGUGCAGGAAGAUGUGCCGGUGUGUUCGAACGCGUCCGGCAUCCGGAAGCGGAGCAGCAGCAGCUCCUCCCCGCUGGCAGUGAAGUUUCUGGGGCUCUUUAAGAAGAGACCGGCUGUGUGUGUGUGCGGAUCUGACUGUCAGCCGGCGCAGUGCCGCCCUCCUCGCGCAUCCUGGCCGCUGCUACUUCGGGCGCAGCGCAGCUCCGCGGCGCCUCGGCACGGAUCGCCCGUGUUGGGUGGAAUUGCCCUCGUCCCGUCCCUCGCCGCCAUCGCGGCUUUACUUGCAGGCGUGGAGGUUAUCGGGACACCGGCGCGGUCAUUUCCUCAUCACGUCAUGUAUGUGUUGACUCUGCACAAAUGACUUUUGCCGCUCUGGCCGGGAUGGGAAGCCUCUACCAGCCGCACCGCUCUGUGUCUGUUUCUCCGCACCGCAGCCCCGCUUUUUGCCGGUCGCUUCGGUUCCGCCGGUCAGAAGGACUUUGAUCAAAUGAAGGACCUCUCCUCACACGUGACUGUGCCAGCAGAGCGAAGUUUCCAUUGUGUUUCUGUCCGGUUGUUCGGGACCCGACCCCCUCUCCCCGGAAACCCCCGUGAUCUGUAAUUACAGCUCGAUUCCAGCCGGACGCACUGACCGUGGGACUGUGUGUCAGAGCCCGGCAUGUCGUCGGUGGUGGUGUCCGGGCGGAGUGAGCUGAGUCUGGGAGAGCUGCCCAUGGAGGGAUGGAUGUCUCACCUGCCAUGCGCGCUGUGGGACAUCCCGCUGUACCACCUGGCCAUCCCGGGCAGCCACAACGCCAUAACCUACUGUCUGGAUAUGAAUGACAGAUCUCCUGUGGACCCAAUGCAGCCAGACAUGCUGCAGAAGCUGGACAAGUACAUGAAGCCUCUUAUUCGCCCUUUUGUGUACAAGUGGUCUAUAACACAGGAGUACACCAUAAAGCAGCAGCUGGACUGCGGGGUCCGAUACUGUGACCUGAGGAUCGCACACAGGCCCAACGACAGCUCCACCGAUCUGUACUUCUACCACGGCGUCUACACCACACUCACCGUGGAGACUGUCCUGAUGGAGAUAAACGAGUGGCUGGAUGCUCAUCCUAAAGAAGUGGUGAUACUGUCGUUCAGUCACUUCCUCGGCCUGAGCCAGGAGCUCCAUGUGCAGCUGAUUACAACCAUUCGCAGCAUUUUCUCUGCCAAACUCUGCCCCGAAAUGGAGGAGUUAACUCUUCGAAAGUUGUGGACUUUGGGUUACCAGGUGAUUGUGUCGUAUGAACACAGCAUAGUCAGCUCUCACAGCGACUUGUGGCCUCACAUUCCGUACUGGUGGGCCAACAAAUGCAAAGCAGAGGCUCUCAUCGAGGAGUUUGAACGCAGGAAACAGCAGGGAAGACCAGGAGGUCUCUUUGUCACAGGAAUUAAUCUGACAGAGGAUCUGAAGUACAUCUGCACGCACCCCACAGAGUCUCUGAAGGACGUGGUGCUGUCCACGUAUCCCACCCUGCUCAGCUGGCUCCGAGAACAGACUCCCGGCUUCAGAGUGGGCUCCCUCAACAUCAUUGCCGGGGACUUCGUCACCGAGAGCCACUUUGUACCAACUGUCGUCUCGCUCAAUGAGAAACUCCUAAAAUGGCCCUUAUGACCUCUCGCCAGCGAGGCGGGCGCCAUUGUUCUGCAAUACGAGGGAGUAGCAGCAUGAAAGUCGCACAAGUCUUUUUUAAGAGUAGCUUGAAAAUACUUUAGCACCUAAAUUAUUCAUAUAAGCAACAAAAGCACUUGCUGAAGGCAACAACUGAUUUACUUUUGUCUUAAAGUUGAUGGGCUAUUUUUUUUGAGAAGGUUCUACCUGCACUUAUGUUUAUUUCUCUCAUUCUGCAAAGUACUGUAGCAGUUUAUAGCAAGUCUGCUAGGUGCCCAGUUUUCGUUUAUGCUCACUAAAGCAAAAAUGUGCUACCACAUUCAACUAAACAAAGGCAUUUUGAGAUGAAUAAGCACAAAACAUGAUAGUCAGUGAGCACAUGUGACUUUAAAGCAGAGAAAAAAGCUUUUAGAUUUUAGCAGACGCUUGAACUGUGUGCUCAUUUCUAACACCUAAUGCAAUGACCUUAGUGAAUGUAGAAAACGUAGCAGAAAAUAUGCAAAAUGCAUGGAGAACUUGUUUGCAUGAACUCAGUAAUCAAUGGCUUUGAGUUGAACUAAAAUUGCACCUUUGUGCCUGUGACAAUGAGCCUUUCUGAUAAACAGGAACACUUUUGCAUUAAGUUGUCAAUCACCAAUUUUUUAACUUCAAGACAGUUGGCAAACUGUCAAUCAUCAUGCAGCGCCCAAAGGUUUGCAUGGACGUCCGAACGGGUUAACCCAGACGUUUGUUCCCUUUACUUCCACUACUUCAUUUCAUUUUUCCCGUUUUUUAAAAAAUAUAUAUUUUUCCUUCUUCUGUUUGCAUGGUGAUGCUGCUGUGGGGAAAAAAAAGCUUUUCUGAGAUUAGUCUGGAAAAAAAAUGCCAACAGUAAACAAAGAUUAUUUCACUAUCAGUCAUUCAUGAGAAGAAAUGAAAGAUUUUUGCCUGCCACUUCCUAAAACCAAGAAUGCACUGCUUGUUGUAAAACAAUUAGAAGGAAGAGAUUAAAUGGUACAGAAAAGUCCAGCUAACAUCAAACAUUCAAGCAGCGGGAUUAUGUAACGUUCAGCAACCUACUGUCACUUGCAUCAUACGAACAGAAAUAAAGUUUGUUGAUUUUUCCAUCA